AUGUUGUUUACAUUGCAACCAUCCCCGCACCGUCCCCGCACGACUACCAGACAGCCAAACCGUCCCCGCCACACACGACUACCAGACAACCAAACCGUCCCCGCACACACGACAGACAGCCAGACCGUCCCGCCACACACGACUACCAGACCGUCCCCCGCACACACGACUACCAGACACCAAAACCGUCCCCGCCACACACGACUACAACACGACUACCGUCCCCGCCACACCGACUCGCCCGCCACACACGACUACCAGACAGCCAAACCGUCCCCGCCACACACGACUACCAGACAACCAGACCGUCCCCGCCACACACGACUACCAGACAGCCAAACCGUCCCCGCCACACACGACUACCAGACAGCCAAACCGUCCCCGCCACACACGACUACCAGACAACCAGACCGACCCCGCACACACGACUACCAGACAACCAGACCGUCCCCGCCACACACGACUACCAGACAACCAGACCGUCCCGCCACACACGACUACCAGACCCAAACCGUCCCCGCCACACACGACUACCAGACAACCACACCGUCCCCGCCACACGCGACUACCAGACAACCAAACCGUCCCCGCCACACACGACUACCAGACAGCCAAACCGUCCGCCACACACACGACUACCAGACAACCAAACCGUCCCCGCCACACACGACUACCAGACAACCAGACCGUCCCCGCCACACACGACUACCAGACGACAAAACCGUCCCCGCCACACACGACUACCAGACAACCAGACCGUCCCCGCCACACACGACUACCAGACAACCAAACCGUCCCCGCCACACACGACUACCAGACAACCAAACCGUCCCCGCCACACACGACUACCAGACAACCAGACCGUCCCGCCACACACGACUACCAGACACCCAAACCGUCCCCGCCACACACGACUACCAGACCUCCCCGACACACGACAACCAGACCGUCCCCGCCACACACGACUACCAGACAACCAACCGUCCCCGCCACACACGACUACCAGACAACCAACCGUCCCCGCCACACACGACUACCAGACAAUACCGUCCCGCCACACACGACUACCAGACACCAGACCGUCCCCGCCACAAACGACUACAGACAGCCAAACCGUCCCGCCACACACAACUACCAGACACCAAACCGUCCCCGCCACACACGACUACCAGACCGCCACACACGACUACCAGACAACCAAACCGUCCCCGCCACACACGACUACCAGACAACCAGACCGUCCCCGCCACACACGACUACCAGACAACCAGACCGUCCCCGCCACACACGACUUACCAGACAACCAAAACCGUCCCCGCCACACACGACUACCAGACAACCAACCGUCCCCGCCACACACGACUACAGACAACCAAACCGUCCCCGCCACACACGACUACCAGACAACCAAACCGUCCCCGCACACACGACUACCAGACAGCCAAGACCGUCCCCGCCACACACGACUACCAGCAACCAGACCGUCCCGCCACACACGACCACAACCAGACCGUCCCCGCCACACACGACUACCAGACAACCAGACCGUCCCCGCCACACACGACUACCAGACAGCCAGACCGUUACCAAAACCGCGUAACAGGCGUAAAAUAUUUACGAGAUAAGCACACUGUGUUGCAGCGCCUUGCAGGGGCGGGAAGGGUCAAAAAGUCCAUCUAUCCCACACUCUCGGCGUGA